AUGCAACCAAAGAUUGCUCGAGUCCUCGUGGAUGCCUACGGGAGUCCUCGAAAUCUCACCCAUUACGAUCCGGAAGAUGAGCCGACCAGUUGUCUUUCGACAGAACCCCAUGACAACACUGUCGAAGACGCUGUCCAACACUACUUUGGAUGCAUUGAGAUAUGCGAGCGAGCCAAGUUCCUGAAGCCCAGCCAUCCACACUGGCAGCACGAAUGGAAGAUUCAAUAUGGAAAGUUCUAUACAGAACUGGAAAAGACGCAGAAGAAAUUUCAUGUCAACCACGACUACGACAAAUGCGAAACCCAUUUGAAGACCGUGCGAGAGAAGCUCGAAACAGAGGACCACACUGUCCCUGAUAGCGUUCCUUUCAUGAUUGAUCAUGUCUCCAAGACAAGAGCCAAUGAGUGGCUUGAAAAGAGAAUGGGGAGUGUCGCUAUUGCUAUCGAGGCUCAGUACAAGCGGAUAGAAAUUUUGCGAAACGCGCUCAGCAAGACCCCGACACGCCAUCAGAGGCCAUUGUCAAACCACCAGCCAGCAGUCAAGACGGGGGAUUGCGUUGUUACCCAGCUGCAGCAGAGUCGUGACAUUUGGCAGAAGUCACCCCGCUUCAAACUAGGAAUCGAAUGGGUGCGCCAAUGGAGGAGAGAGACGAAGCGCCAGAGAGACGACAAUAGCAACAAUGGAUCCAGCGAACCAGGACGAAAAGAAGUUCAAGACCUCGCGAAGUUGCAACGCACGAAAAAGAAGAUGCAAUCGGACAAUGGCAAUCAACCCAAUCAGGAUCCCAGCAACGAAUUGGCGGAAGACACCAAGAAGGAAUAUCACCUUGAACGAGAUGUCAAUGCCUAUCUAAUCCAGUUCAGUAUCGAACGCGACACAGACAGGCCAAGCCAAGAUCCCGAGUCUCUCCUGACACCGAUUGAUGAACCAUUGACCGAUGGGCGUUUCAAAGGGACUUUCCCUGACCAACGCAUAUCCAUGAGCUUUCUCCUCAACAAUGGAGUUACCCAUGAACCGGAAAGAACUGAUAAUACCAGACUGAACAAACACGACCCGGAGGGAGAUUGGAACAUCAUGUCAAGAAACCGAUGCAAGAGCCAAGAUGGUUCGGGACCGCCAAAGAGGAUCCGGUAUUUCCACAUUCCAUCAAACAAUAUGGCAUGGGUGGAGAAAGCGAUUGCCAACUACUACGAGACCGAAACACCAGAUCUCAACCGCAAACUCAGACAUCAAAAAGUGCAGACCCCAACGCACAUGCUCUUGAGCCCUCAGUACUGGCGAGGUCAGCAACAAGGGACUCGAAGCGGUGUGGUGCACGCAAGACACAUGCGUUCUCUUUGUGAGGUGGUCUCAACCGAGACAAACGAGAUUGAGAAGCAUCCUAAGAACAUCGUUCUUUUUAUGCCAUACCUCCACUGGGAAACAGAUCGUAGGAGGGAGACCAUUUCGAGACUGAUUGAUGUUGAAUCCGACAAAUUUCGUCGAAACCGGAAGGAAGAGAAGAAGAAAAAGAAGGAAGAUCGACAGAAAGAGAGAUCGAAGCUCACCAAACUCUCGGAGAAUGACAUCGACAGAAGGAAGAUAAGACAUCCUAGGGAGGGUGCCGAAGAUCCAGAGAGUCAGAAUAAGCUGCUUGAAACCGUUGACCUGGCACUUCAUCAACUCUUUAGACGUCGCCGGAUAGCUCGACCCGAUGAAAAGCCUUACAUCGAUGACUCUGGCCGUCUGAUAGUCAUGAGUGCUCUGGGUCAGUAUCUGGUGGAUGCUGCUCGCCUUUAUGAGGCCAUGUCAACGUACAGAGACCAACGAAUGCUGGAAAAAUAUCUUUUUCACGAUCCUCCCCUCCAUCCGCGUCGGACAUUGGACCAGUCCUACUACUGGACACUCAGAACGACUAAGGCCCGAGAUCGAGAUCAGGUCAUCUACCGAGACACGAAGCUUGAUUUUAUUCAUAAGCUUCAGGAGGCAGAGAACCCUAAGCACUCUUUAUGGACCAAACGUCACAGUUCUCAACAAAAUUCGAAUCGAGCAGCCAACAGCACCAUCCCUAUGACAAACGAAAAACUGUCUCAUGGACAUGGAGACAGAGGUACAGCUCCGCAGGAUGAGGAUGAUGUUUCACCGCUUCUGAAGUGGAGCCACCAUUCUGAGACAACUGAUGAGCUAGGCUGCGACCAGUGCAAGAGCGACAUCAAGAAAGUCUCCCAGCUCAUCAUGGUCGAUCAGUUAUGGAUGUGGGUUCUCGACGAGCACACAAUCAUCACCUCGUUUCCGCGGCGCUAUGGAAGCAACAAGCAUGACUUGUCUGGGGUACACCGAUCGAUAAGGGACCGUUUGAAGUCAUUCCGCAAGAAUCAAGUGAGAUCAGUCUAUGAUCUGGCGCUCAUCAUUCUAGACGAAUGCUCUAACACGUUCUUCGACCGGACAAGGGCUGAUGAGGGGCAGCCACAAGUGAUGGACAUCUUCUCCGAAGCCAUUGGGCGAGUUACAAAUCAACACACGAUAUCAUUCCAGCAUGUCUGGCACUGGACGCAAGAGGCCUCCAAGAUAUAUCGAGCCAGAUCAAAAUACGUCAGCUCAGCUAAUCUGCAUGUGUCCUUGCUGGACAUCAAUCCGGAAGGUAAACUUCAACGCGAGGUCAAGGACAUCCUCGACGAGCUGGACAUCAUGCUUCACGUCCACAAAAGACAAAGAGAUAUCAUGAAGCGAUUCCGCAGACAUGUCGAGCACAUUUUGGACCCCAAGAACCGAUGGAGUGGCGACUGCUUCAUCGAGGAAGAUACCACAGAGUCCUCGCAGAAACCGUCAGGGAACGCAAGUGCGAGGAGUGGCAAGAGCGACGAGAAAACUGGAACCGAUGACGAAGAGACGAGAAGAAGAGAGCAACUUGGAUGGUUCCGGGUUCAAUAUCAGGAGCUACUCUCAGAAGUGAAGGACCGAAUCGACGAGCUCGAGGGGCUUAGGGCAGGUGCCAAGAGUACAGCUGACAGUGUCAACGAUCUUCUUGCACUGAAACAACAGCAGUCGAGUGUAGUGCAAGCCUGGGAGUCCGUCAGACAAGCUGAGGAGGCCGUCACACAGGGACGUGCUGUCAUGAUGUUCACAAUUGUCACGAUUGUGUUUCUGCCCUUGUCAUUCAUGUCAAGUAUCUUCGGCAUGAACAAUUUCGAAUUCACUGAGACCGGUCCCAUGCACUUGGGACAACAGUUCAAGCUUAUGUUCUCCGUAUCUAUAGGUAUCAUCAUCGCCACAAUCGUUGUUGCGUUCAGUCCCUUGCUUCGGGCAACUGUCGUCUCCUUCACAAAAUAUGUCUUCACGGUCAUCGUGGUGUACUCUCAGCUCUACAGGUUCUGGGUAGUGUUCCACGAUGAGUGCCGGUCGCAAUCCCUCAUGUAUAAGACUGAGCUCAAAGUCCGGAAGAUGAAGGAGGAGGUCCGAAAAGCCAAGCGAAAGAGAGCAGCUCGGAGGGCUGAACUGCUCAAUAAGGACAACCCGGACGAGGAUGGACCAGGUUCUGACACUGCCAACGCGGCAUCAGAAACGCCAAAACGCAGUUGGUUCAGCAGGCUCUUCGGGGCAAGGAGCCCUCCAAUUGUUGACGGAAAGCCCACCAGGCGAACUGAGUUGGUCCCGAAUGGAAAAUCUGAAUCUCGCGAGGCAAUUGGUGAUGGCGAGCAGAGCGAUACGAGACCUCCAUCGACUGUAUCCAACGGUACGACGCAAGUGAAUACAAAUACAAUGCUCGGUGGCAAUACACCAACACGAAGGGCUAAUACACCAGAGCCGGGGCUGUCGCGCAUUGGAAGAGAUCCAGGGAAGAUGGUGUGA